CCAGAAGUCAAAAAAAAAGAAAGGCGAAAACAUGGGGAUGGAAAUUUUCGUUUCCUCGUAUAGCUAGCUAGGUAACGCUUUUUAUCCUCACCGUCCAGUAUCUAGUAAUCCCCUCGAUAAGUACGUACACGGAGAAUUCUGAUACCUUCAUGCGUCCUGCUGGAACCGAGACUCCGACCACGCGUACGGUGACCGCCCCCCCUUUUUCCAGCGUCAGGUGUAUGCAUGUCUAAUAUGCCAACGUUGAUCAUCAUAUCCGAUCGCGAGCCGGUCGUCCAUAGUCCGCACACAAUACCCACCGCCUCCUCCGCGUCCUUCUCGCCGCACCAAGCCAAGAUUUUAAGCCUCUUGGAGGCCCGUGGAGUGCCGAUCCGUCUCACCUCGCGGCCUCGUGUCAGCCCAGUUUUUACGAAUGGAUUGCCAACGGUCAAUCCUGCAAAGCGAUUGGUUCUACCACAAAACGCCCUACGGCGAGCACGAGCGGGUUCAAGAGGGCUGGCAAGCUAUCUCCGAGUUAGCUUUUUUUUUCUCUACGAAUGUGCCACUGGCUGCGGGGAAUGCGAUGGAUGCUUUUUCCGGAUCGUCCACCGUAAUUGUCGACUCGCAUCGUUGCCGCAACGUCCGGGCUCGCAUGAGAAACGCCGAUACGUUCGGGUGUCAAAUCGUCUGGCGUGUCCCAUUUAGGAUGCCCGGUGUACGACAUGGAAUCCGGGGAUCAACUGUACAGAGUAGAAUUGGGGGUCGAGGAGAGGAGAAAAAAAAGGAGGCUGAAGGCUGGAGGAGGUGAAAGUUAUUCUCCCCCGCUUUUUUUCGCUCUGCGAUUCCUCCACAUUUGCCAGGAUUGAUCAUUCGGACUAUCGCCUCACCGUUUGCGAUCGGCCCUGCUCCAACCUGCUCUGCCCUGCAAUUCCCUAUCUCUCGCCCUCGGGAAUAUCCAUCCGCCCAUCAUGAGUUUCCCGCCCCGCUUGCUUUGCCCCGAUGAAGACCUUGCCCAUUGGACUUGGGCGCAAGGGAUGCGCCCGCGUGUCAUUUCCAUAUUCCCCGGCCACGCCUUGGGUCUGCCGAUACGGUUGGGGGCAUUGGAGUUGGAUGUUCCGCGUGGAAUUUUCGAAUAUUCCAUACUGAGUCGGGCGCCGACGGGCGCGUGCAUAGAUAACGUACUCCGUAGUACCUAGAUCCUAGCCACGGUGCAGGUACGGGGGGAUUGUUCUCCAGGCGCUUGCAGCAGUUCAGAUGGUAAUGGGGAGGACCAGAUCUUUGGCGUGACACAGAAAUGGCGAUCGGGCCGGUCGCAUCCUCCAUAUCUCCAUCUUGUCAGACCCUGGACUUUUACCAGGGGGGAAGAAACCGGAGCUAGGUAGCCGCAUGGUUAUCGGUACCCCUACCGUGGCCGUAGCUGAUGUCAUGGACGUGCCCCCGUUUCUAUUGGCUCAGGGUGAUCGGCAGGGAGUCGCUUCGCAUCGGACAGGGUCGCGAAGGGAAGCCUUCCCUUCUCAGCGGCGACGGCCCCCCAAAAGCAGUUACGGCCGACUCGGAUGCGGGAACCAUCUGGCGGCAGUUGACGAUGCUGGCCCCGGCGACGCAUUGCUUCUUUCUGAGUGGUGAUUAUGGUCCCACUGGUGAGCGCAUCCUCCAGUGAGGCCAGCAUUGGACUGGGGUGUCGCUUCGGCCCCGUGUUAUGACGCCGUGUCAUGACGCCUCCAACAACGAUCACCGUUGGUGGGUUUGACGGUAGGGCAAACGGGGCUGGCGUGUUCCCUGAGUAGCACCUUCACCUUCAUCCGAGGGUUUUUUUUCUGAAUUAGCGAAUGAUUGCGCUGUCUAUGGGUCCCAGCUCAUAUGACAGCUUGCGCCUCUGCCGGACGCCCGCAAUUUCGAGAGAAUUGGUUCCAUGGAGAAUAAUGAGGUCGAGCAUGUGAACCUUCCCCUGCUUUGUGGAGGAGAGAUCGCGCGGCUGUUCGGGUCGCUUGCUUUUUGGUGGCUCAGAUCAGUGCAGUAGCUCCAUCAGAGUCCGUCCCUGUACGAACCACUCUGGCACGGUCAUACGUGCCCCUGGAUCACUGACCCCUCUGAAGCGCUCUCGGAGCAAGCACCCCGAUGAAAGUCGUUGCGCCGUAGUCCAUCAGCGGCCUCUUCGGACCGGUACCCAGAGAGAGGUGAAUUCUGUCCCUCCCUGGAAUAUCUCCCCGAAGCUGACCAGCUCAGCAUGCACGCUCACGAACUGGAUGCGCGUGGUAUUGCGUUUUCUCCCAAAUUCAAUGAAAUUGCAAAUCCAUGAUCGGAUCUAUAGACGGAUGUGGAAGGUGACGGACUGGUGAUAUGUUGUCUAGGAAGAAAGACGCAAGGGAAAAAAAUGGAGAAAGCCAUCACGUUCCACAGUUGUUGGCUCGAUGCCUCGUGUAUGGUUUGGGCGACGAUCUGACGGCUCUGUCAUCGGGUAGACAGAGUAACAGAGAGAGGCGCAGCGGCCGGAGAGUGCGUUGGUCCAGUCAAGAUCCCAGGGCGUUACAAAGGCGUAGCAGGGUUGAACGUGUGUUUCGGGGCUCCCUUUCGUUGCGCGCCUGAUUUUUGUCUCCGGCAAAUGAUGUAUGCCCGUGGAUACCAUGACUCCAUCGUCAUUGGUUUUGAGGGGGAUUCUUCUGCUUGGCCGUGUGCACCUCGACUCCAUAGAUCCCAUUACGAGAACAGUAAUGCUCCUGCAUCCUCCGUUUGGUUGAUCACUGUCGUACACAACCCCGGGUAUUGCUAAUUACUCGUAACAUAAUUAGCGUCGCUGCCUUUUCUGGGUGGUAUGCAAUUUCAACUUGCCCGGACUCGGUGCUCUUUCUUGCUCCACCCUUCUUUCUGCUUGUCCGGUAUAAUACAAGCAACAAACCCCAUAGUUCUUUCCCUCCAUUAUUCUUCAUGCUCUCCGUUUCAUCCUUUGACCAUUACUGGAUUUCCUGAUUAUUCUUUUUUCCCUCCAUCGGCCCGACACAAAGAAUAAACUCCUUUUAGUCCCAUCUCUCCUUUCUUCCGAAGACCUCACACUGUUUCGUACUUCUCCGCGGUCAUCCUCAUUCCCCACCUUUCUGAUCCCCCCUCCCUCAAUCGUUAUACUUUGUCUCCGUUGUACCGUUGCACCGUUGCACCGUUUGCAAUUUUUUACUGGCUCCAUACAUCACAACCUCCUCCUUCUCUUGAACCCCUCAACCCUUCAACCCUGGAACCCUACCACCCUCUCGUUUUGGGAUUGUGCAGUACUUGGGCUUGGGACCUAGCUCCCUGGCCUUGAGUCUCGUGUACUAUAAAGCCCCCCUUCGCUGUCUGUCUGAUUACCUCCGGUCUUCCUCUUCUUUGCUCUCUUCUUUUCCUCCUCUAGGGUCUCUUCCCUUCCCGACCUUCCCUUCCGGUCGGGUCUUGUUAUACACUUCUAACACCAUGUCCCAACCAUGGCAUCCUGGACUUCUCCCAGAGAUGAGCCCCUCGUAUUAUUUCACGGCCCUGCCUGAGCAAGCGGAAGAUCACACCUUCCAGUUUAUGUGGUCUGCCCCUGGUGCUACCUCUCAUCCCACUAUGACGCAACGGCAUCACCCUAACAGCCUGCCUCCUGGUACAGUCAGUGGCCAACACACUCCUCCAUAUUCCUCUCAAGCCUCGGAGAUCUGGAGUGAUCCUGCCCCACCGGGCUUUACAGAGCGGACAUCCGUGUCCGGUUCAUCCAGUGAAGGCAUACCUGAUACUGUAUCUAAUGCACAGCAUCAGCCCUUCAACCACGUGGAGCAAGUGGCAGGCGACCUGCAUUCCCAAUUCGACCCGUUGCAGGGUAUUGGUCCGAUGUAUCCCACUCAAGAGAUCCCUCAGCAUCUGCUGUACCUGCCUGAGAAUCUCAAGGAUCUUCAUGAUGGGAACGCCGAGCAUGUCGUUGCUGCAACUGCAAAUCAGGUUCCACCGAGACACGCCUCACAGAGGAUGUCCACACGACCUGGCAUGGGCGUUCCGGGUCAGGGAGUUGACGACACCGAGGACCUUUCCUCUAUCAUAGAUACCGUCAGGCGGGUAAUUGCCCGAAACCCGAACCCUCAAAGCUCGUCUCCGAGCGUGCUGGGUCUGGGCAGCAUCCGUGGCGAGAUUACAAAGUACCUCGAUUCCGUCUGGCGCAGGCAAAUGCCGCCCCCAGACAGCAAAAAGAAGCAAUAUUAUCGCUGUCAAGCUGAUAAUUGCGGCUUCGAAGGCAGCAACAAAGCCACCUUCAAAAGACACGUUGAAGUGCAGCAUUACCCGCGCUGGGAGUUUUACUGCCAUCACGACAACAACUGCUGUACCAGUCUUGCAACCCGCCCCCGUCGGAAGGAUAAGAUCCGGGAACAUUAUAAAAAUCACCACAAGGAGUUUCCCUCAGAUGAUAUCAUCAAAGACCGCAAAGUGUUACUUCCCUGUGAGACCGUUUGCAUCUGUUCGCGAACCGUUUAUGAUUGGGAUGAUUUCUAUCAGUGUUUUAUGGAACACUGCAAGUGCGAGCCACCGUCGGUUGACGAUGACUCACAAGAUAGUCAUGGUCGUCCUACUAAGCGUCGCCGAGAUGACUCCAACGGUGGCUCCUUCGACCGUGGCACGGGCAACGGCGGUUCUGCUUCAUACAAGCAAGGAUACGGCCGUUCUGGAAAUGCCGAUGGAGGAGGCCAGCACCAUUCUUUCUCUGGUGUAAGCGGCAACCAGCUAAGCAAUGGCGACUCCAGGCCAAUUCUUCGGGCACGCUCGGUGUCCGACAGUUAUGACGGAAGACCAAAGGGCUCACAGUCUUAUCAGGCAACAGAGGAAUCCCCUCCCAUGUCCGAAUCGCGGCCCUCUGGCUCUGGUAGCAACCAAAGGGGCCGAUCCAAGAAAAAGAGCACUCGACCUCCACUUGACCUGCGUGGCCUGCAAGGCCAAGCGAGCUCUCACUCAUCGGUCAACAACUGCAAGACGUGCGGGCACGUCUUCAAUUCCUGCUCUACAUGCUGUGACAGCCCACCGUCAGCAGAUCGGUGUCAUAUAUGCCCCCCUAUGGAGCGCACUCAAGCAGUGCACGUCAACAGCCCUCAUGAAGAUCUAGCUUUGAGUCAAUCUCUUCGCAUGGACCGGGAUAUGAGAUUUGCGGAUCCCCUUCAUUUCAACCCACAGGCAGGGCCUGACAUCCUAACGACGGUCAACCCCCAACUCUACAUCGCGACGGAGCAAUAUGAUUGGCAGAUCAAUCAAGCCCGACAAGAGCACGCUCCAGCUCAGGGCAUGAUCCCACGUACGAACAGACAACAAAGCUUCUUUCAAGGAAACCAGUCCUAUAUGGCCGGCGCAGUGCAUGAAGUUCAAGUGCGCGGCAUGUCUGAGCUUGAGAUGGAGAUCUCUAUCAUGGACUCUAAGAGCAAAGGGGACUCUAACAAGUCCCAAGGCUCGAGUACAUGGUCUGUCAGCCUGCCUUUCCGAAGUUCGCCGGAGCCUCUCCGAGGUUCGAAAUCCUUUCUCUCAGGUCCGCCACUGCCUCUCCGCAAGCCGCUCACUGGCACGAGCUCGAUUUCUGCCGGUGGGAUGGAGAUCACCACUCGGGAAGUCAUCGGCCCCCUUUCCUUGGACAAUCCUUCGUCUGGGUGCCGAUGCCCCUGCCGUACCAGGCCUCAAGCUAUGUACUUUGCUCGUGGCCGGCUCGAUAUCGCGCCCGGUAGAAUGAUCGAAGUGGACUUUCAGAUGUUGCCAGAAGCCCGUGGCAUGAAGCCUCGAGGUGGCAUCGGCCAUCCCUUGCGCACUCGCAUCCACGUCGUCGUGAAAAUGUUCAGGCUCAGAACCGCUGCCAGAUCUACGAGCGAUAAGCACAAGAAGGAGGCUUGUGCUGCCUUCAAAGAAGCCCUCGAGGCUACUGUAUAUGGCCCUGACGCCGAAACCACCAUUGAGCAGGAAGACGCCAAGCUUGUCGCUCUAGACAACUCAGGCUCCGACUGGGAGGCGGAAUCUGUCGCCGAAUCUAUCAGCACGGAGUAUACGCAGGCUUCAACUGGCACCGACAUCACCGUGCCUUGUGCAUCAAAUCUCCCACGUCCGCCUUCCUUGAUAUUCUCGAGAACCUCCUCCUGCACUGAUCUCACAUUGCCCUCUCGGCCUUCUAGCCCGGCAAUUUCCGGGUUCCGCCCGAAGUCACCGUAUACAGACCUGAAGCUGCAUACUAGGGCACGAUCUCGCUCACCCCUGCGUUGGAGCUUGGACGACGACACCCUCAGCAAUGAGGAGCUACCUAUUCAAGACGUGGGGCUCUAUGAGAAAGAAGAGGAGCUUGCGCUUGACUCGGAUUUGAGGUCUUCACUCGACAGGCUCUCUCGUUGGACAGGGGGAGUGCCGGCCGAUGAACUUCGCUCAGGCGUGUCUGCCUGGAACCCUGAGCGAGUCUGCCAAUACCUCUUGGGACAUUCGCUGUCUGUCAUCUUCUCGCAAGCCUCGCGAGACAACGGUCUUAAUCCCUCCUGGGAUAAGAAGCCCUCUUUCUGAUUUUGAUACGAUUACCUCUGCAGGCUAUUAUUACGAUGAUACCCCGCAACUCCCUGUUGAUUUUUAUGGAGUUCAAAAACUGUUCAAAGACUACUCAAAAGACUAUUCCAAAAAUUGGUUGAGAUCUUUUUCUCCGAAACGUCUUCUCUUCUUUUCCAUGUUCCCCUUGUGUUCCUAUUACUUCUUUGAUCUUUCUUUUGAUUUUUCUCUUUUUCCACUCCCACCAUCUACCAUGCGAUUUCAUUUCAGAUUUUCUGCUUUGAAGCAUUGUUGAGUGUCAUGGGCAGCCUUGUGACUGACUUCGAUUUCUGUAUUCUUGCACAUCGUUCAUCCUAAUUCCGCUGCAAAGAUUUUGAGCCCAAAAAAUCCUCUUCUCCAUGCGGCUCACCGGUGAUGUUCCUGGCCCAGUCUUUGGAUGGGCAUUUGAGAUUGGCCAUCCUACCUCCUCACCUCCACGGGACCCUUGCUACCUCGGAGGAAUUUGUACUGUACAUGCAUGUACCUGUAUGUAUAUCACCAAGACUAGACCUGGUGGGCUUUGCACCUUUUCUUGUCCUGUCUUUUUUAUCCCAUUCUUUUGCCCAUUUCCCCUUUUUAUGUCGGUACUCAUCACAGGGAGAUUGCACUGUUUAUGACGUUAUGUUUUUAGUCGUUACACGCUAUGCUGCUACGGCUUCAUGAUCACGAUCGCAUCGGAGCACGAGGCCAGAUAGACAGCAUUCACAAAUUACACCUGUUCAGCUA